AUGAUCUUUUCAAGAUUAAAUCCUUCCAUUAUCACGAAAAAAGUUGGCGUAGAUAACAUUUUUGGAAGAGUUUUGUCAAUUUCCAAGAAAAGUUCGUUUAAAUUUUAUUCAUUUAGAGACUAUUCACUAAGAACGACUAGCAAUAUUAUCAGUCUUGAUAAUUUUAGCAAUAACAAAAAGGAUAACAAUAAUUCUAAAGAUAAAUAUUUUAAUUCAAAACGAUUUUUGAUUUUCCUUGUUUCGUCAAUAAGUUCGGUCACCAUAUAUUCAUACAUUAACGAUUUAACAAAUUCAAAUAAAAGAUAUUUAUCAGAUGCUAAACCUAAAAAGGGAAUCACAGUCGAGGAGUUUAAAAAGCACAAUUCAUUAGCUAAUGGAGUUUGGGUUGUAAUUAAAGGGCAAGUUUAUGAUUUAACUGAAUUUUGUGAAAUUCAUCCCGGUGGGAAAAAAAAUAUAUUAAAAUUUGCAGGAAAAGAUGCUACAAAAACUUUUGAUCCAAUCCAUGCACCGGACAUUAUCGAUAAAUUUUUGCCGAAGGAUAAACAUCUAGGAGAAUUGAUCGGUGAAUUAGAAAUUGAAGAAGAAGAAAUUUCAGAGGAAGAAGAAGAAAGAUUAUUAAGAGUUCAAAACAAACCAUCAUUAUCAUCGAUUUUCAAUAUAUCUGAUUUUGAAUAUGUUGCUCGGGGAAUAUUAACACCAAAUGCAUGGGCUUAUUAUUCGAGUGCUUCAGACGAUGAAGUUUCAUUAAGGGAAAAUCAUUAUUCAUUUCAUAGGGUUUUUUUUAACCCGAAAGUGUUAGUGGAUGUUUCCACUGUUGAUAUCUCUACAACAAUGUUAGGAAGUAAAACAGAUGCCCCAUUUUAUUGUUCAGCCACAGCAUUAGCUAAAUUGGGACACGAAGAUGGAGAGAAGAGUAUUGCGAGAGGAUGUGGUAGAGAAGGAGUAAUUCAGAUGUUUUCGACUCUAGCUUCAUGUUCAUUUGAUGAGAUAACAGAUUCAAGAGUUUCGCCAGAGCAGAAUCAAUGGUUUCAAUUAUACGUCAAUCCCGAUCGAACAAUUAGUUACGACUUGAUUGAAAAAUGCGAUGCUAAAAACAUUAAAGGUAUUUUUGUUACAGUUGAUGCUCCAGUUUUGGGUAAUAGAGAAAAGGAUAAGCGGUUGAAAUUUGAAGAUGAUGCUAAUAUAAUUGAAGAGAAGGGGGAUUCAGAUAAGAUUGACAGAAGUCAGGGAGCUGCAAAGGCUUUAUCCUCGUUUAUCGACACCUCAUUAACAUGGAAGGAUAUUAGAGAUUUUAAGACGAGGACAAAGAUACCAAUUGUUAUCAAGGGAAUUCAAAGGCCUGAAGAUGUUGUGUUGGCUGCAAAGAAUGGAGUUGAUGCAGUUGUGUUAUCGAACCAUGGUGGUAGACAAUUGGAAUUUGCAAGAGCUCCAUUAGAAGUCUUAUCAGAUACAAUGCCCAUUUUAAGAGGAAAAAACUUGGAUAAGAAAAUUGAAGUUUAUAUCGAUGGAGGGGUUCGUAGAGGAACAGAUAUAAUCAAAGCAUUGUGUUUAGGCGCAAAGGGAGUUGGAUUGGGAAGACCCUUUUUAUAUGCCAAUUCUGGAUAUGGUGAAGCUGGAGUUCGAAAGCUAUGUGAAAUCUUGAAGGAGGAAAUCAAGACAGAUAUGAGGUUAUUAGGAGUGACAAAGAUAUCAGAAUUGAGUGAGGAAUUGGUCGAUACAAGAAAUUUGAAAUCCAGGCUUACCACGGACGAUAGGUUGUAUAAUUCUGUUUACGUGCCAUUAUCUCCUCCCAAAUUCAGAGAUAAUUAG